AUGCCAGUGCCCGAGAUCUCAGUCCGAUCUUCAGAUCCCGAGACGUUUGCGCAUCUCUUCCCGUCAAUGGACCGUCUGACUAUCCGACAUGACGAUCGAACCGCCGAUGGUAACAUGAACCUCCGCGUCGAUGCCAUUGUGCCGGAUAACUCAUCCCGUCGUCGCCGUGCUGUUGCCAUCCAGCUCUUCCACCUGCGCAUGCAUGAUCUCGCCAAGCGAGAAUUCUCCCUGCGACGAUACUGCCGCGACUCUGGCCGCGAGGUUUGCAACUCCAAGGGUGCCAAUCCCCUCCUUGAGCGACCAGCAACCUCUUCCUCAUCCUCGCUCUCACGCUCCGUCACCAGUGCCCUGCGCUCGGUCAAGACCUCAUUCCGCCGAUCUAGCGGCGCCUCUGCCGAAAAGGCUGCUGCCAUGGCUACUACUCCCAACCCUCGUCGUCCUUCAAUCGGCAGCAACAACUCUUGGGGUUGCGGUGGUUCCAUUUACUCUGAGGAUGUGGCUGGUUCCGACUCGGACGAGCCCAAGCUCCCCUCGGCCCGACCCAUCCCGCUCAACACGCUCAAGCUGGAGUUCAGCAACUACGCUCGCGUGGACAUUGUGCGUCGCCCAGGCAAGCAGUACGACUUUCAGUGGUGGGGACACACCUAUGCCUGGCGCCGUGUUAUGGACAAGGCGCUUGGAAAGGCCGCGUUCCAUCUGAUUCGCGACAAGGAGACGGAGCCCGUGGCGGUUAUUACCCCGGAAGGCCGGGCCCCAAACCAGGUCGAGGCCGACCAGGCUGCGGGCAACUGGAUUCCCCCCUGCUACAUGUGGAUCAACGACAGCUCUAUCAUUGAGGCUCUUACUGACGUAGCUGAUGUCAUCAUCGCUACCGGCCUCAUUGCUGUUGUUGACGACUCCAUUCUCAGCCGCUGGCCUCCGGCUAAGAAGGCUGGCACUUACACCCGUCCCGUCACCCCAGCUCGGCCUCACACGGCUCCUGGAGCGACUGCCACAGCCACCACCGCUCCUUCUACCGCCGUUGUGAGCAAAAAUAUCACUGUUUCGGUCCCACAGCCCCGAACAAAGGCUCUUGUCCACGGCCUAUUGAACAAAGCCCAUGCGCUUGGCCCACUACGAAACCUCAGGGGACACACUGUCCUUGCUUAUUAA